CAGAUCAGAGGAACGUGGCCUUUCACGAAAGCAUAUUAUAGAAUCCGUAAAAGCAAGCUUACAACGUUUGCAAUUACAAUAUAUUGAUAUUGUGAUCAUACAUAAAGCGGAUGCUAUGUGUCCAAUGGAAGAAGUUGUACGUGCCAUGAACUAUGUCAUCCAACAGGGCUGGGCCAUGUAUUGGGGCACAGCCCGCUGGUCUCAGGUGGAAAUAAUGGAGGCCUACACCAACUGCCGUCAGUUUAAUUGUAUAACACCGAUUGUCGAACAAUCCGAAUACCAUAUGUUCUGUCGUGAGAAAUGCGAAUUGUAUUUACCGGAAAUGUAUAAUAAAAUCGGUGUUGGCCUCAUGGCCUGGGGUCCUCUAUCGAUGGCCUUAAGUGAUGCACAAAAUGGUGAAAAAAUCUUUUUACCAAAAGGCUCAUUUAAAACGAAAAGUCAUAGCUAUUCAUGGACUGAAGAUGAAGUCAAUCGGAAUGCUGCCUUAUCACCUCAGGGUAGUUGGAAUAAGGAACGCAUGGAAGAGGGUCGCCGCCAUUGUGAUCGUUUGAAAGAUUUAGCCGCACUGGCCGAAAAGCUGGGAUGUACACCAUCUCAAUUGUCCAUUGCCUGGUCGCUAAAACAUGAACCUGUACAGUGUUUACUUUUAGGUGCCACUUCUGCUGAACAAUUGCAUCAAAGUUUGCAAUCAUUACAGUUACUGCCACGCUUGUCGACCAGUGUUAUGCUCGAAUUGGAACGAAUAUUAGAGAAUAAACCGGUGCGACCGCCGAUGAUAUCAACGCUGGCACUUCGGUGACAAUCAGCCUGCCCUCAGGGGCCCCCAAGCCUUAGUGGCGGUGUCGCCGGCGGCAGCAGCGGCAUGGGACCCUGUGGGCAAGAAUCUCCCAAAAAUGAUGAGGUCUCGGCGUUUUGCGGUGAAGACGGCGAUGCAAAGGAUGCCUCUAAGCAGGGCUUUUGCGUUAUUCAGUGACGAAAGGAGUCUUUAGAUAUUGAUAAUAAAUUUAUUAAAGCAAUUAGUAGUAAAACUAGUUUAAGUAGUACAACAAUGACAACAACAAUAAGUAAACAUGAUUUACAAUUACAACAACAACAGCAGCAGCAACAACAACAGCAGUAUCAGCAGCAACAACGUUUUUCUCAAAAUAUGUCAUAUAGUUUGGAUAAUAAUAAAACAACAACAACCGCAAGAACAAAUCGUUUAGAUGGUUUAACGAUAACAGGAACGACAGGAAUCACAACUGGAACAACAACAACAACAAAUACCAUACAAAUUGAUACAUUAAACAACAACAAUUUGGAUCACGAUCUAAUCAAUGGAAAUUCUGGUUUCCGCCAGAACCACAACAACAAUAAUGGUGAUGUCGAAGCACCACCCCUACCACAACCCGAGCCAGCAGCCAAAAUCCCCAAAAAACGUUCCCUCUUGAAUUUCCGAUCCCUUGAUUUUCACAUUAAGUCCUUAUACAGUGGUUUGCGCAAUGGUAGCUCCGGCCAGAACAAGGCCAAUUCCCAGUCGACAAAUUUAUUGGCACCCAGCAAAGGUAGUGGUAGCGGUGGAGGUGGCAGCAGUGGUGGUGAUAAUGCUGACGAUCUGAAUGGCAGCGGUAUUGGCUUGGUUAGCGGCAAUGUCGUCUGUGGCGGCGUCGGCGGCGGCUACAAUGCCAAUGGCAGCGAACUGAACCUAAGCGAUCAGUAUUAUCAUCAUCAUCACAUCCAUCAGCCGUAUAAUCGCAUGCCACCCUAUUUGAAAAUCGAAUCGGUAGACAAUGAAGAGUCGGAAAAUCUACUAAUCGAUUAUCCCCAGUCACCAUACUCGACACGUCGCAACAGUUCGAACGAUGACAACCGUUCCAGCAGCCAACUGAUACACCUCACCGGCGGUGGCGACGGCGGCCACGGUGGCUCGACACAAUAUCUGCAACAGCCAUCAUCCGCCUCACAUCAUCGCUACGAAAUGUCGCGUUCACAGGCAAGUUCUCCGUCACCGUACUUUUUGUCGCCUCAUGCAUUUGCCUCGUCGUCGCAAAAUGUCAGACGUUCGUCAACAUCGGACAUUAUGUCCGGCAGUAAACGCAGUGUUUGCUCAUCGGCAAGCACCAGUCGUCGUCCGAGCACCUCGGAUUUGUUGCGUAAAGCGCGUGAGCGUCGUGGUAGUGAGACUCGUAUGGGACGCAGUGUUUCGCAUGGCGGUCUUCCACGUGGUGGCGGUGGUGGUGGAGGGGCAUUUCGUGCCGGGCCCGGUGUUGGUGGUAGGCGAACGAGUAUGGCCUUCUAA